AUGGAUUGUUUGCAUCCGAGGUACAUGGAAACUAGCCGUUCACUCAAAUCGCGACGUGGCUCACGUCGACGAUUCUAUGCACCCUCUAUGGACCGUUUUCCCUCAGCUCGUAUUCUCAAAUCUAAUUUUAAAUUGGCCCAGGAAAUGCCCUUCUGGAGGCUCAAUUCCAGCAAAUUUCGGCGCAUGAUGAGUGCCCCAGAACCUAAGGAAAUGGCAGAUGAGAGGCUGCGCCUAGAUCUACUUCACAACCUGCCAUUUUCUCAAUAUGCAUGGAAGAACGUCAGAUAUUUCUUCACUCAGCCGGACCCUGCGAAGUUGGCACGCAAGUGUUUAAAGCAUGAACGUAAGAUGCAAAAGCUUCAGGAGAAACUUAACCGCAAGGCUUUGACAGAUGAGACCAAGCCCCCAGGGACUUCAGUCACGGAGAAGCAAAGUACAACACCGUCGCCCCCAGAGCUGGUGAUUCCGCCUAAACAUGCCAGUUCUGAAGGAGUUUCAAGACCGCCACCUGCUAUCAAGGUGAAAUACAAUGAUGAUGUCUAUCGGGAAGGUGGCCUAGAGGUCCUAGAUGACCAUCUGCUUCCGAAGCACAAAAUAAAGCACAGAAAGAGCUCAUCAGCGCAAAAGCCUAAUAAUGUUUCACCCAGACGCACAAACGACAGCCAGCUGACAGCGAGCAAAACGUCCCAGGAGGGAGAUAAAACACUGUGCGAUGUAAGCAGUCUGACUAUAAGCAAUCAGGCUUCCCCAAGUUCAAGGAAUAGUGGAUCCUCCAGGCGAAAUAGUCCCAAAAAGAUGUUACAGAUGACCAAUCAGCAAAGUAUACCCUCUUCAAACAACGAACCGAAAGCGUCUCCUACUGAAUUAGAGGUUGGAAUAGCCAGACCAGUGCAGGAGUCCUCGGGUGACGCUGGCCAAUCGAGUCCGGCUACAACAGAAGGGACUAAAGCGCCAGUUAAGAAAUUAAAACAAUCUGGAAUAGUUUCAGAACGAGCUAACGCUCUCAAUCGGCAGAUUCGUCCUAUUUCGUCCUGUAGGAGUUGUGAACGUCAAGCCUACACAGCGGAGAGCAUUGAGGCACUUGGUCAGAUUUUCCACAGCUCUUGCUUCAAGUGCGCACGAUGCUCAGCCCUGCUUCAGCGCGGUAGCUGGAAUCAUGCCAACAACAAGUUCUACUGCAAUCCCUGUCACAGACGUGUUUCCCUGCAAACGCUUCGACACUAG